GCCGAAGUCGCUUGCCCAACCCAGGUCGCUACGAGAGAGCUGACGAUGGCCGGACGGUUGUGCUUGCUGGUGGUGGUGGCGACGUGGUCGAGAUGGGCGGCGGGGCAGGCCUCGCCCUACUGCAGCUUCACACCACAACACACCAUGUGCAAGCACUCGGGUGUGGCCCCCAGGUGCGGCUCCAAGGUGCAGACCCGCGGCGUGGGAACCCAGGACGCCGCCGCCAUAGUGCUACAGCACAACCAAGCCAGGUCCCGCGUCGCCAUGGGACAAGAGCGUCGUGGAACGCCCGGGCCUCAGCCCAAAGCUGGCAAUAUGAUGCUUAUGGAGUGGGACGCGGAGCUAGCGGUGGUGGCCCAAAGACACGCUGACCAGUGCGUGUUCGACCACGAGUGUGCCGACUGCCGCCGCGUCUCAAGGUUUGGCGUUGGCCAGAACCUGUUCAUCAGUUUCCAGAGCAACUUCGACGCUCGUGUCCAGUGGAGCCGAGCUAUCAAGUCUUGGUACGACGAAGUGGCCGACUUCUCUCCAGCUGACAUAGAGCCCUUCCAGUUCGCGAAGGGGGUUGGGCACUACACGCAGAUGUUAUGGUGGAAGACUGACCGGGUGGGCUGCGGCUUCACCAUGUUCCAGGAAGGCGGCUGGUGGAAGAAACUCUAUACUUGUAACUAUGGUCCUGCAGGCAACAUUAUAUUCAGCCAGAUGUACAACCGAGGGACCCCGUGCUCCUCAUGCCCUGACGGGACCUCUUGCUCCAGGAAGUUCCCGGGGCUCUGUGAUAACAGCUCAGUUUCCAGCAAGGUGGCGCCACGUAGACCAACCACUGCUACCACCACCACCACCACCACCAUGCCUCCCAACAUCAGCGAUCACAACAACAAUCGGGUUAACACCAUCUCCAUUUCCCCGGGCAACACCAACAAUGGUUUUAAUGGGCUAACUAACGUUAACAACAUUAACCCCAACAACGUAGAUCUGAACUCUUUAAUAGCGUUCUUCAACAACCGGUGGAGGACAACAACAACAACACACAGGACUUCACUAAGUAAUUCUAACCAGGGUGGUCAGGUGAGACCUAUAAUCAUGGUCAGACCAACUACUGCUUCUACCACAUUACCUUCAUCCAUCAAAACUCCUCCCGUCACCAAGGCUACAGCUAUUCCCACCACAGCUUCUACAACCACUACCAAAACCACAUCAUCCACUAAGACGCCCUCUGGAGCUUCCUCUGCUAUAACCACACCCUCCCCACAAGGUGCAGCCAGUGCUCCAAGCUUUACCAACAAGAUCCUGACGCAGCGAACUAGACCCUCCGGCACUCACUCGUACUUCGCCGCUAACACGAACCAGGACGCAAAGCAGCUGGUCACUGGAUCUGUCCACCAAGACUCACAGGAACAAGAUAACAUGUUCAUCCCGUUCAGUGGUAACCAGCCCGUAACAUUGGACCUGAUGCCGUUCUUACGUCGGGCGGGGAUGGACCCUCAGAUCAUCAGGACCUCCUCUCUCUCCAGCGUCCAGAGCAUCAUCAAUGCUCUUCCUAAGGGCCUUAAACCCAUCGUUCUAUACAGGUCAGGGUCAGGGCAGCUGACAGAGCUGGAUGCUGGCACCCUGGCACCCAUCAAGCGCCACGGCCGCUCCACCACCACCAGAGGACACCAGAGGGGACCUCAGCCCCUCCUCGCCUGCGAUCUCGACUUCGCGCCGUGCGAGGUCACCCCCAUCGGAGGAAACUGGACAGUGGCCAACAGCGAGAGUGAGGGUCGGUACGCCGUGGCCCUGCUGGGGGAGGGUGAGGGCGCCCAGGUGGUGGUGGAGGAGCUGGUGACGGCGCCCAGCACAGAGGCAGUGUGCGUCGCCCUCUCACACCGACGCGACCUGCCGCCCGACGCGCCUUCUGACGCUAGCAUACCACAGCUGCAGGUAGGAGUGAUGACCGCUGGAGGAGAGAUGACCCGCAGGACAAUCCCGGGCGCCCCUGGCAUCUGGGAGAUGAGUCGUGUUACUCUCAGCAACGUGAAGUCGCCCUUCCUGGUGGUGAUGACCCUGGGACCCGCCACCGACGGCGCAACCGUCGCCUUGGACGCCAUGAUGGUUACUGACGGCGGGUGUUGCUUAUCCGGCGAGUGCUAACGCCGACCGUCCAGCGCUGGUGCUGCUCUGGUAGUGGGUCUGUCUCCACCGAAGACAGUACUGUGCUUUAGUCUAAGUCCAGCUAAAAGUCAAAGUGACAUGUAGAAGAAAAUGUACAUUAAACUUCAUCACAGACAAAAGCGUCGCGUGGCUUUAGUCCUUCUUCAGGUCUAUAGUAGAAAAAUAUGUUUGUUUUCAAGACAAAACUUACAUAUUACUGUACUUUUCAAUCUUAAACCAGACUGUGAGGAGUACUGCAGGGACUCACAUAGUAUUCAUACAGACUGUAUUGAGUGCCACCAUCUGUAUUCUGAAUUUUCUUUUGUUUCAAGGCACUAUGGCAAGAGCGUUUUUUACUUAAAGCUGAUAAUCAGUUGGUUUUACCAGCAAUCACGUGAUUGGCUGGGAUGUGGUGAUCGAAGGCUGGCUGGUGCUACAUCAACUCCAGCAGCCAGCCAGGUCAGCUAAGAUUCAGGUACCGGUUUCUCUGGAGUGCAAAUGUUAAACGAAGACUUGGGUCGAAUGAAAUUUAUAUCGGCAUUGGACCCGUCUAAUUGUCCCCUGUAAAAUUCCGUAUUUCUGUUUCGUGCCUGACUGAAAGUGUUUAGAUGAUCUCAGUUAAGUUAGUCUCGAACUUAAUACUGCUGUAAAAGAUCAUGCAUUAUGCACCUUUAUUCUUGCACAUACAAUUAAAGCCUAGUUUUUCAAGAGGCUGUGAUAAGGAGACUUGAAGACAGAUUAUAAUAGAAUAAAUCAGAAUAUUUUGGAUGUUUCGUGAUGGUACCAGAGUAACAACUGGACUGGGACAAUCAUUUUUCUACUGAGUCCCGUAGCGACUUUAUGCAAGCGACAUUUGAACAUAAUUAGUUUCAGAAAUUGAACAUCAGCUCAUCUACUGUAAUCUGAGCUCACAGGUUUUGGAUUUAGUUUAUGAUGUUAGAUUGGCAAUAGUUUGAUAAAUUAGCUCAAUUUCGAUUCGAAACUUGAGUGAAUGGCAUAUACUAUGGCAGACGCAAAUCUUCCAAGGAAUUACAGAAGACACUUAAAUCCAACAGGACCAUCAAAUAUCAGUAAUGUCAGGACUUGGUGACGUGAAGGCUGGGUGAUGUUAAAACGUGUUUCUAAAGGUGUGUGAGAAAUGUUAUGUUGACAGUAUUAUUUAUUACUUCAGAUAAUAAAAUUGUCUCCAACUUU